AUGGAAAAAGGCGACAAUACUACACAGAAUAAACAGGGGAAUGAAGAACCUCAGCCAGAAAUACUGCUGCAGCUGCAGCAACAAGUGCAACCGCAGCCGCAGCCGCAGCCGCACGAACUGUGGCAACCGCAGCCGCGGAAACCGCAGCCGGACCCGCUGCUGCAGCUGCAGCAGCAAAUACAAGAUCUUCAAAAAAAGUUAGAAGACAUGAAACGUGAUAGAUAUAUCACGGAACAGGUACAGCGGUCGCCGCUGGAGAAUUUGUACCAGCCGGAUGAGCCUCAAUCAGGACAAUUGAACGGCUGCGGUUCAGAAGAUUGCGGAGGCAAUACAAUAGCCUCAGACGGCAGAUAA